GAUAGAAGAAAGAGCAUGGCCUUGUUGAUGGAACCUGGCUCUGAACCCAUAACCAACGACGAAAUCAUUGAUCUUCAGGCUAUCGCUGCGCUCAAAGAGUCUGCUGCUAUUGAGCUCAAGGAAAAGGGAAAUGAGUAUGUGAAAAAGGGGAAGAAGCAUUACUCAGAUGCUAUUGAUUGCUACACUAGAGCCAUUAACCAGAAGGCCUUAAGUGAUCCGGAGAACUCUAUUCUUUAUUCCAAUAGGGCGCACGUGAAUCUGCUCUUGGGAAAUUACAGACGAAGUCUCCAGGAUGCUGAGGAGGCCAUUAAGCUGUGUUCAACAAAUGUUAAGGCUCUUUAUAGGGCUGUCAAAGCAUCAUUGUCGCUCAAUCUGUUGGAUGAAGCAAGAUCAUAUUGUGAAAAAGGGCUUCAACAGUCUCCAGACAACGAAGAACUGAAGAAGCUAGCCAAGCAAAUCGAUGCAAAGAAAUUGGAACAGGAACGACAUGAAGCUGAAGUAUCCAAAGCUGUCGCAGUGGCUAAGGAUAUCAUCUCUGCCUUGGAGGAUAGGCAGAUAAAACUUGGAAAGGCAAUGUAUCAAGAACUCACUGGUAUUAAAAAACCAGUGCUUGACAAUAACAAAAUUCUCCAUUGGCCUGUUGUACUUCUCUAUGCAGAGUUUAUGUCCAGUGAUAUCAUUGAGGAUUUCUGCGAGACUGAUAUGUUUUUUGAACAUCUUGACAUGAUGUUCUCUGAGGGUAGUCCACCUUUGCCCUGGGAUUCAGAUAAUGCUUACAGUCGGGAUGCUCUUGAGCUGUACUAUGAGGCUGACUCUGGAGUUAGUUUCUCCAAAAAAGAAGCUCUUAAUUAUCUGUUACAAGGAACUGUUGCAUCUCAUCUGGAAAAGAGUGGGGGUGAAGAGACUGAUGCUGCUACUUGCACUGCCUUUUCAAAUGGUAAUGGACCUAAAUGGGUCAAAGUAAAUGAGAGAAGAACACUACAUGACAUUCUGAGAAAUUCUGAUAUUAUUGUGCCCGGAAUUCCAGUGUUUUUUAUUGUUUCAAAGAAGUCGAGCUUCUAUCGAGAUUUUAAGUCUGGAAAUUGGUCUCCCCCAAAGAUCGCUUGAUCAAGUUGAAGAUCUAUUGUAGACUAGUUUUUAGACUUUAGAGGUUGCCAGUCACAUAUUAUUUCAGCGUAGUUUUGAUACCUGAAAGUUUUGAUAUUGUGACUAAAAUCGUGCUAUAGACUACCUCUGUAUUUAUGGAGUUCAUAUAUGUGGACAACAAUGUUUCCUGUUGAUGAUUUCCAUCUUCAAAAAUCCAGAAGCAUAUGUAACUUA